CCUGCUCCAUCUUGACUCGCUGACCUCGUCCCCCCUGACUCGCUGCCCUGCUCCACCGUGACUCGCUGACCUGGUCCACCCUGACUCACUGACCUCCUCCACUGUGACUCGCUGACCUCCUCCACUGUGACUCGCUGACCUCCUCCACUGUGACUCGCUGACCUGGGUACUGAAGCUCCCUUCCUCAUCAGAAAGACCCGACAUGACGGCCGGAGCGGAGGAGGAGCCCCGCACAUGUGGUCUGCUGGAUGAGAAGGAGGCUUCCCAGAGGAGUCGUGACAUCACCACCGCUCUGAGCACCAUCGCUGUCCAGGCCGGUCAGUCGCUGAUGGUCAUCUCAGUGCUGCAGAGCGGUGUCAUGGUCCACCUCCAGCUGCUCCACACUCACCCUGCUCUCUGUGAGAUUGGUUCCAACCGUGAGCACAAUCUCGCUCUGAUUCAGGACCACGAGCGUCUGAUGGAGAAACUCAAGAAACACGAGCCUUGUGUGCUGCUGGCCGUGAGGGAGCAGAGCCGCAGGAGGAAAGUGGAGAUUGGACAGGACGUGUGUGCUGCCAUGGAGGAGUCCCUCAGAGAGGCCUGGCUGCUGCUGCUCCACCUGCUGGACAGACGAGGAGAACUUCUCACUCUGGCCAGAGACUUGUACUGUCGCACCACGGAGUUCAGCAGCAGUCUGGACCAGGCCGAGGCCCUGCAGCGGGAGCGGAACAGCCUGCACCUGAUGUUGGACUCGGUGAGAAGAGGUCUGCUGGAGAAGUCUCUGCAGCUGCUGACCGGCAGCAGCGUCUUGCUGCAGAAGCUCAGGCAGCUGCAGCUCACAGAGGACCUCCAGAGGAGGGGAGGGGUACUGCAGGGCAGGGGCAGCCAGGUACGUCCACGCCGCCUCACCCCUGACCCUGCUGUCAGGCUGCAGGAGCUGCUGGAGACGCUGCAGGACCGGAGGAGACAGGUGGACGGGUGUCUCCGCCGGCAGGAGCGAGCAGCCAACCACAGCUCCACCUGCCUGGAGGGUACAGAAGAUCCAGGUGGAUGGAACCAUGUGGACGGCCCUCAAGACAAAGACCAAUGCAAUGACAUCAAUGGUUCUGAAGAAGUGGGCGUUUCUGGAGAUGCAGAUGGCUCUGAAGACAUGGAGGGUUCUGGAGACGUGGACGGUUCUGAAGAUGAACAGAGCAACAUGGACGGUUCUGGAGACAUACAGAGCAACAUGGACGGUUCUGGAGAUGCCGAUGGUUCUGAUGACAUGGAAGGUUCUGAAGAUGUGGAAGGUUCUGGAGAUCUAGACAGUUCUGAAGACGUGAACGGUUCUGAACAUGUGGACGACUCCCAAGACAAAGACCAAUGCAAUGUCAUUUAUGGUUCUGAAGAAGAGGGCAUUUCAGGAGACAAACAGAGCAACGUGGACGGUUCUGAAGAUGAAGAUGAUUCUGAAGAUGAAGAUGGUUCUGAAGAUGAAGAUGAUUCUGAAGAUGCAGACGGUUCUGAAGAUGAAGAUGAUUCUGAAGAUGAAGCUGGUUCUGAAGAUGCAAACGGUUCUGAAGAUAAAAAUGAUUCUGAAGAUGCAGACGGUUCUGAAGAUGAAGAUGAUUCUGAAGAUGCAGACGGUUCUGAAGAUGAAGAUGAUUCUGAAGAUGAAGAUGGUUCUGAAGAUGAAGAUGAUUCUGAAGAUGCAGACGGUUCUGAAGAUGAAGACGGUUCUGAAGAUGAAGAUGAUUCUGAAGAUGCAGACGGUUCUGAAGAUGAAGAUGAUUCUGAAGAUGAAGCUGGUUCUGAAGAUGCAAACGGUUCUGAAGAUAAAAAUGAUUCUGAAGAUGCAGACGGUUGUGAAGAUGAAGAUGGUUCUGAAGAUGAAGAUGGUUGUGAAGAUGUGGACGGCUCUGACUCCUGCUCGGUAACUGAAAACAGUCCUGAGCCCACGUGGCCAGAGAAUGCCUCACUGGACAUUUCCACCCCUGCGGAGGAGAACCCUCGCCACCUCUAUGACUCUCAGCUGGACCUGGAAACUGGAACGCGGUCACUGAAGAGUAGGAGCGAAGAUCUGCUGCCUGGAGUCUGGUCUGAGCCGAGUCUAUCAGCAUCUCCGCUGCUUCCUUUCAUGACUGAGCUGAGCUCCAAGUCGGCCUUUGGGAUCCUGUCCACGACAUUCAGGCAAGUGAGGACAAGCCAGGUCCACCAAGACUCCAGAUCAGAGGACACUGAAGACAGCGGGCCGGGAUCCAGGGCCCAGCCCAGUUGGAGCUCGGUGAGGGUGGUGGAGUCCAGGUCUGACCUCCAGACGGUGGACAGGUGUGUGACGAGGAACCCGAAGACUGAGCUGGAGGAGUCAGCUGAUCCCUGGCUUGAACCAGGAUCAGAUGUGGGCCCCCGACCAGCACCAGAAGAAGAAGAAGACGGUGUGAUGUGCGACCUCCUCAGAUGGCUUCCAGACCGUGUCACUACGUUCCUGAGGGAAGACCGCUCCUCGACUGGCAGGAAGAGUGGACCAUCCAGGAGAAGCACAGCGAUGCGACCGUCCGCCGCCAGUGAUGCUGGGGAGCAGAGGAUGAUGAUGAUGAUGAUGGGUGAAGAAGCCCAGGACCUGAGCCAGGACCUGCUGCUCCAGGUAGGGAGGAGGCUUGGUCCUCAGCAGCUGCAGGUGGAGAGUGUCAGGUUGGAGCUCCAGCAGUGGAGAUGCAGCGCUGCAGCAGACUCUGAACUCUGCCGAGGUAGGAAACACUCUCAUCGACUCUCUCUGUCCUUGUGGGGACCACCUGAGCCAGGACCCUGGACCGGUCUGUUUGAAGUUUUCAGACUGCCGGUCCCGACAAGUACAGCCAUGCACACGCACACACACGCACACACACGGAAAGGUGCGCGCUCUUGCGCACAAGCAUGA